AUGAAGAAUCUAACAUUUUCUCAAAAGCGAAGUUUAACAGUGUUCGCAUUUUCCGUGCGAAUGUUCUUCAUGGGAGCAGAGGAGGGAGUGAUAUUUCCCUCUGUAUGGCUAUAUUUACAAAUGUUUCACGCCGAUUAUUGGUAUUAUGGUCUGGUAUUAUCUGCUUAUAACACAGUUGGCAUUGUCUCCGGCAUCUUGGUUGGUUAUCUCGCAGACAGAAAUAUGAAUCUUCGAUUGUCCGGAUUUAUUUGGAAUCUGGCUGAGGUAAGCAAUACUGUAUUGCGUAGAAAUUUUCAAACCCAGUUCAAAUUUGAUCCAAAUAGUUGCCCUGCAUCUAAGGACGAAAGCGGACUUAUAUCAACAAACAAAACAAUACCCACCGGGCACACAACGUUGUUUCAACGUUGAAAUUUGGUAGAAAAAAGGUUGCGACGUCGACAACCUAAUAUCUACGUUGCUCUGACGUUGUAUUACAAACAUUGGUUCAACAGCAGCCAUGCAACAGACGUUGAAUUAACGUUCAUUCAUGGUUAAAUGUACGACGUCGAUUUGUGAACCAAUCUCAACGUUUUAACGUGGAUUCAACGUUGAAUAUGGUUAACGAGAUCGGCAACCUAAUUUCAACGUUGUUUCAACGUCGAAACAGUAACGUCGAUCCAAUUUGCAUAGUCAACCCUUUUUCAACGUCUAUCCAACGUCUGGAAGGUCAUUUCCAACGUUGAUUCAACUUUGGAUAAACGUCAUUUUGCCCGCUGGGUAGACACUCCGAAAAUUGAAAGCAAUUUGAAAAUUUAUUUCGACGUUUCGUGUAAACUAUAGUCAUCAUCAGGAAAUGAAUGAUGACUAUAGUUUCAUUCAUUUCCUGAUGAUGACUAUAGUUUAGUCGAAAUGUCGAAAUAAAUUUUCAAAAAGCUUUCAAUUUUCGGCCUAUUAUUUUGUAUUUUAUCAAAAUCGAUUCAGUGGUUCCCGUAAUUUCGGACUUAUAUUCAUUUAUGCAAUGUUCUUUCGUCAAAGUCCAAGAUCUGAUUGGUUAUGUUAGUGAAUAUAUGCCAAUGCGACCUAUACCAACUUAUAAAACAACUUAUGUAUGCAGAUUAUUUGUUAUGAUGUGGAUGAAAAUUAAAUCAUUGCUUGCCUCUGCGAAUUUCAUUCCCGGUCCGGUAUUAUAAGCGCACAGAAAGCGAGUACAGUAUAUCUAGCUGGAGUAUGUAGUAAAUAUAUGACUAACUUGAAACAGUAUAGGGUUUUGCCCAAAUUGGGUUUGCCAUGUAUUCUUGGUACGACAUGGCUGUUUAUGCAUUCAAAACAAAUGCACAAUCUGUUAUUGUAUAGGUGGGUUUCACUAAGUGUUAUACAUGGGGAUUCCGGAAACACAACUUUACAUGUAUAUAUUGAAGAGUUGUAGGCUACCUAUAUUGGGGGCCUGUCAUACCAGUUGUAUGAGCGAUUACACAACUGUAAAUCGCGUGCAUUUGCAACCAAAUCAACAAAAUGGUACCCAACUAUCUUUCAAGCAAAUUCACACAAACUAUUAUGAUACACAGCUACAAUCUUUGUCAUUCUGAUUCUACGCUUUUUGCCCCAAGACCUUUGACUGAGUCUCUUAAGAAAAGUUUUACUUAUAGAGGAACCGCCCUGUGGAAUAGCCUACCUGUCGACUGUUUAUGCUACUGCAUCUGUGGUUAAUUUCAAAAAUAUUACUAGACAAUCCUAAUUUUCUUCUACUUUUCUUUAGUAUUGUAAUUCUUAGUUGUUUAGUCUAUCUACAGUAUAAUGUAACGCUGAAUAGCGAAAAAUCUGUUUUAGAAAACGCACGAAAUGCAGUCCUAGGGAUAAAUAAUACAAAAAUUAUUCUCCCCCAGGCCUCCCUACUAUUACAUACAGUACGUUAGCCCAUCAAAAUUUUUAGUCACCAACAACCGUCUGUCAUCUCUCUACACUCAGUAUAGUAUGGUCCCUUUUGAAGGUCCCCCCCCACGGGCAAAUUCUUAAAAAAUGCCCUGGGCACUGCAUGAAGAGCGAGAGAUAUAACCGACGCAAUAGGAGAGCAAUUGUCCACCCCACCCCCCACCCCAAGAGUUUCUGACAAUAGUGUAACCUUAAUUUUGUUAACCAUGAAAAAGCAUUCGAUAUUCAGGCAAAGUGUAAUUAAAGAACUGAGAUUUAUAGCAACUAAAGGCGGUCAUAUGAGAGCAACCCAACAUCGCAGCCCCCCUCCCCCGCCCAUAGAUUGUCAACUUAGCACAGUAAAUUAUUUUCCAGGUCGUUGGCAAUGCAAUGUACUCACUUCAUUUCAAUAUGUCCUUGCCCUUGCUAGGACGCAUGGUAGCAGGCUUUGGAGAAGGGUAUGUGUCAGCUAUUUGGGCAGAAUUAGCCAGAAUCACAACUGAAGAAGAACGUACUCGGUACUUUGCAUUACUUAAAGUAAGCUUCGUUUUGGAACUUGCCUUAGGACCAGCACUAAAUAUCUUUCUAAAAGAGUUUGAUUUCUACAUCGGUAACUGGCACAUUGAUUUCCGCACAUCGCCGGGAUUCUUCAUGUCUCUUAUGUGGAUACUUGUCACUGGUAUCAUGUAUGUGUUUGUCUAUGAUCUCUCAGACGAAAUGAGAAAAGAGAAAGGGUAUGAACCAGUUUCAGACGGUCUAACUGAAGAACAGUUUUCGAACAAAGAGCAAUUCCGAGUAGCGUCUAACAUGGAAAGUGCAGGGGACAAUCACGAUGAUAUCACAUCAUCUCCGUUCAUAAAUGACGACUUCACCAAAACUGAGGAAAUAGAAAAAAAUGACGACAGUGUAAAUCCCGACGACGCAAGGAAAUCCAGCAGUGUGUCAUUCCGAGAUACUGUAAUAGAUAUGUUUGCCAAAUUUCACGUGAUUGUAGUGGUAUACUCAAUAUUUUCUUGCUGA